ACAAAUUAAUUGCGUGGCGAAAAAAUGAAAAUUAAAGAGCUACAGAAGACUGUAAACAUUGCCUGGUCGCCAGCGCAGCAGCAACAAAUACUGCUGGCCGCCGGCACAGCGGCCCAGCAGUUCGAUUCAAAUGCAAGUGCCACAUUGGAGAUAUAUUCACCAAGCAUUGGCGAUGCCAGCUACGAUUUGGAGCUUAAGGCCAGCGUUCCGAGCGAUUUUAAAUUUCAGAAACUCAUUUGGAGUCCGCACGGUGCAAAUGGCACGCAUGCAAAUGGAUUGAUUGUCGGCGGCUGUGAGGCUGGUCAUAUCAAUGUCUAUUCGGCUGCGAAGCUUCUAGCUAACGAGGAGUCGCUGCUAGCGCGUCAGGACAAGCAUACCGGCGCAGUUAGCGGCUUGGACUUUAAUCCGUUUCUAAACAACCUGCUUGCGUCAUGUGCUUCUGAAUCGGAGAUUUAUAUCUGGGAUCUAAACAACCCGGUCAGUCCUCUGAAUCCAGGCGCAAAGACACAGCCGCUGGAGGAUGUCAAGAAUGUCGCUUGGAACCGGCAAGUUCAGCACAUAUUGGCAUCUGUGUUCAGCACACGCUGUGUUAUUUGGGACUUGCGCAAGAGUCAGCAGAUUAUCAAAUUGUCAGACACGCAGUCGCGCGUUAGAUGGCAUGCCAUUGAAUGGCAUCCUGAGGUGGCCACACAGGUAUGGCUGGCAUCGGAGGAUGAUCAGGCACCGGUUGUGCAGCUCUGGGAUUUGCGUUACGCCACCGCACCGGCAAAAACAUAUCAGAUACACGAUCGUGGAGUGCUUGGCAUGUCGUGGUGCUUGCAGGAUACGGAUCUGAUGGUCUCAUGUGGCAAGGAUAAUCGCAUCUACUGCUGGAAUCCGAAUACCAAAAUACCCGAAGGCGAAAUACUUUCAGAGGUAGCCACCACGGCCUCUUGGUAUUCGGAUGUGCAGUUCUGUCCGCGCAAUCCUGCACUGAUUGCUAGCGCCAGCUUAGAGGGAGCUGUUUCGAUAUACUCGCUGAAUGGCGGCACGCACCAUUUGGUGCAAACAUCCGAGAAAAUAGCCGACUCCUUUCCAGGAAUGGAUCAAUUUGCCCAGGCGCCACUGCCUCAGCAAGCCACUCAAGUUGUCUAUCACGAUCUGACGCAUGCUCCCAAAUGGAUGAAGCGUCCCUGUGGCGUGGCGUUUGGUUUCGGCGGCAAGCUGGUUAGUUUCAACGCAACAUCGAAAACUGUGAAGGUAUCCCAGCUAACAACCGAGCCAGGUCUUGUGGAGCGUGCGAAUGCAUUAGAGUUGUCUCUGGCCGAGGCCAACUAUGCAGAUUAUUGUCGACAGCGUGCAGAUAAAUCAACGGAUCAGCACGGUCGCUACAUUUGGUAUUUCAUUAAGGCAAACUUUGAACUGAAUCCCAAAGAAGAAAUGCUCAACCUUUUGGGUUACAACAAGGACGACAUUGAUGGAAAAUUUACAAAGUUCAUCAAAGAGGCCGAGAGCAACUCGCAGUCUGACGUAGAUACGCUCACGACCCGCAUAUCAACUCUUACACAUAGCGACUCAUCUGAGGUUGAAUGCGACCAAAGCACCAACUCAAGCACCGAUAAUUCGCAAACGAAUGACAACAAAACCCCAUUUGAUGGCGCCUCAAUUGACCGGCAAAACGACUAUGUUAGACCUCAGUUCAAAAUACCAAACGGUGAUCACACCGACAGCUUAAUUACGGAAGCCAUACUCACGGGCAAUGUUGAGGCUGCCGUGGAACUGUGCCUGGAGGCGCAGCGCAUACCGGAGGCACUGAUCAUAGCUUCAACAGCGGGCAUAGAGACGCUAACACGCACUCAGACCCGUUAUUUGCUGCAGCAAAAAAACGAGCUGUCCAAUGUCAUAUCGGCAUUGGUAACGCGCGAUUGGCUGGACUUUGUCAAUCGCUGCACCGUCGACUCCUGGAAAGAGGCUCUAGUAGCUGCGCUCAAGCACAGCGAGCGCAAAUUGGACGACAUUUGUGAGAGGCUCGGCGAUCGCCUGUUGAAUGAGUCCGCCAACAGCAUCGAGCUGACACGCAAUGCUAUGCUAUGCUAUAUCUGUGCCGGCAGCAUUGAUAAGCUGGUAACCGCCUGGUAUCAGUUAAAGCAACUGGAGCAGCAGAAUAACAACUACAAGCUCAACACCACGGAGCUGCAGGAGCUAGCCGAGGUGGUAAUGCUGCUAACCAAGUCAUUGGAGCAGCAAGGCAUUGCUGUCGACUUGGCCGGACGCUUUGCCAGAUUUAUAUCUGAAUAUAGUGGACUGUUGGCCUCGCAGGGUGCGCUGACCGCUGCUCUGCAAUAUAUAACAACGCUAAGCAAAGCCAAUGCGGAAAGCGAAGAUCUGAAUGAGUUGCGUGAACGCAUUAGCAAUGCUGUCAAUGUGGAUCCUAUACAACCAGCAGCAGCCGCUGCCGCUCCCAUGGGUUAUAUGCGUCAAAUGGAGCCGCGUGGUUCCUUCUCAAAGCCAGCCAAUCCACUGCCGUACAACCCCUAUAAUGCCACAACAAAUGGAAGCUGGCAGCAAGCAGCAGCACCGCCAGCUGUGCCUUUGCCGAACGUACCUUUCCAGGCAGCUCAACAACCUACACAAAUCUACAAUCCGCCUCAAAUGAAAGCAGAACCCUUAACGCAUCCGCCACGACCCCACAGCAAUGCUAGCUCCUCGGGCGGGCCCCCGGUGGCUACGUCAACUGGGUCUGGAGCCGGAUCUGGCCUCCACUCGCGCUCUAAAUACGUUUUAGAUCCUUCUGUGGCAGCGCCUACCAGCGCAUAUGGUAUGGCAUAUAACCCAGUUGCAGCUCCAACGGCAGUUCCGUUCGGUGGCGCCCCUGUCUCACAGCCUGCCAGUGUACCACAGACUUAUAAUAGCAACGUCUUCAACACCAACCCCAUAUCCACGGCUCAGCAAUAUAACCCAGUUCCAUUCAUUGGGGCCACACAAAGCAACUACUUGUCGGGUGCUGCACCCAUUGAGACAAUGCCAGUGGCUAAUGCACCGCCACCUCUUCUCCAGAAUAUACAGCGUAAUCCUACGCCACCACCUGGCUGGAAUGAUCCGCCAGCUUUGAAAUCUUCACGUGUGCCAAAGCCACGACCAACAGCGGAAUCAACUGCAGCACCAAUCCUUCAUCCACUAUACGGCGUUGAUCCCAAUCAGAAUCAGAACAGCCUUAUGGAUCCCAACCAAUAUCAGAGCGCUCCACCGCCAGGUGCCACAUCUUUCUACAAUCCAGCUGCCAAUAAUAAUCCACAGGCCUUUCCACCUCAACAACAACAGCAAAUAAAUUUCCAACAAACGGCGGUGCCUAAUCAACAACAGCAACAAUACUGGCCGGGUCAGCCACAACAGCAAUCGUUCGGCUACACCGAACAGCCAGCACCAAUACAAGAACAGCGCCAACCAGAGCCGCCCAAGGAGAAGCCCCCACUCCCGGAGGAAUACAUUUACUUGCAAACCGUUUUGGAGGAACUGAAAAAUCAAUGCUUGAGCGCAACUAAUGAUCCGCGCACCAAACGAAAAUUUGUGGAUGUGGUGAAACGCUUGGAAAAUCUCUACGAUUGCUUGCGCGACGGACGGCUAACGGCCACAACUGUGCAACAUCUGAAUCAAAUUGUGCAGUAUAUACAAAUAGCCGACUAUGCAAAUGCCCUGGAGGUGCACACACGCAUUGCAUUUGGCACGGACUUUUCGCAGUGUGCGGGCUUCAUGCAGGGCCUAAAAGUUUUACUUCAAUCGGCAGCGGAGCUGCACCUGGUUUUGCGCUAGUUUACGAUUAUUUGUGGUUUGUGUGUCUAAAUCAAAAGCGCGUUUAUGUUUGUUCCAUUUGAUUUUGUGUACUCCUGCUUUUUGUUAGAUGCAGUUAUUAUAAAGGAUUUCUAAAAUUAUACAUACAUAAAUAUACAGCAUUGGCUAUAAUAACAGCUAUAA